UUAUUAAAUGCGACAGUGAGUGAUAAUUUGUCAAGACGUAAACUUAAAUUUUCACGUCUAAAAUUGUCGCGAGAACUCGUAUAUUCGCAUAUGGAAUGUAAAAGAAAAAACGCGGACUUUUACGAUAAAUAAAUAUCCUUCGCUCAUUCAAAUUCCUUCCUCUACAAUUCGGCUCGCUUAGUCCAUUAGUUACGGCUACGGCACAGUGAUAAAAAAUAUCGGAUUUCUUCAAAAGGGAUAAUAGUACCAAAAAUAUAUCACUAUAAAAGCACUUUGCAAGAAAAUUAUAUGCUAAAAUAAUUUACAACACUUGGCACCUAAGUCAUCGGGUUUGAAGAAUUAUCAGCACAUUUAGGAAUUUACAAACCUGCAAAAUGAUAAAUUUCCAGCGUCGAAUAUUUUACAUCUUGAUUCUGUAUAUAAACACCGCAUUCGCGUGGGAUUUCGCCGUCACAACGCCGUCCAAAAUAGUAUUUUAUGAUGAACACUGGCAGGAGGUGACAUCAUCAGCUCAUCAGUUCGAACAUAUUGGUGCCAUCACAUUUGAUGAAGCCGAAGAGAAAGUGUAUUUCACCGAUGAAGUGCAAAACAACGGCAGCAUUUUCUCGCUAAUGAUACCGAAAGACUACGAAGAUCCGCAUUUAAUAGAGAAGAUGUUACAGCGCACCAAAAACGAAGCUGUUCGUUCGCUUGCGUACGACCCAUUCGAUCGGAAUCUCUACUGGAGUGACAUGUUGAAUAAGAAAAUCUUCGUGGUAUCUGUUGAUGCUAACGCUUUCACCACACCAAAAGUGUUCCUAGAUUUCAGCCAUGAAAACACUCAACCCGAUGGUAUUGCUAUUGAUUUUUGCCGUCGUACGCUCUUUUGGACUAACUCAAAUUUUACCAAUUCAWGUAUUGAGCGUAUUGGCUUGAAUGGUAGCGAACGUAAGGUGAUUGUGCGCGGAGAAAUGUAUGCGCCGCAUGGUAUAGUCGUCGAUCAGUUGACUGAUCGUAUAUAUUAUGUGGUGGAUCAGCAGGGUAUACAUUUUUCGGUGGAGAGUGCAAAUUUGGAUGGCAGUGAUCGGCAAGUGAUACUGAAGGGUCUUAAUAAUGAACCCUUUAGUUUGGCUGUAACGAAGGAUGCAAUUUUCUGGACCGAUCACACAAACCGGGCAAUUUGGGGUCAUGCAAAAUUCAUUAACGAAACAGAAGGUGGCGCAAAUAUGAUACUAAAGUAUCAGGAUAGACCGCGUGGCAUAGUCGCACGGAUACAUUACCUUACCAAUUCCCUAAAUGAUGAACACUGCCACAAAGUGGUUGCUACUAUUAAGAAUCGUAUUCUAUCAAUUGCUCCACCAACGAACAGUACGUUGGAUAUGGGCGCGUAUGUCUUACGUAAAAAGUAUUGCUUGAAUGGCGGCGAAUUUGUGGCGAAAACAACAAGCUGUAUCUGUAAGAUCGGUUUCAAAGGUACACGUUGUGAGAUCAAUGAGUGCUUCAAUCAUUGUGUACACGGCACGUGUGUGAUCUCCUCGCUGGGUUUGCCGACAUGCGAAUGCCCUCGCAGCCAUUUCGGCCCACGCUGUCAGUGGUACAAGUGUGCCAGUCAUUGCAUGAAUGAUGGUCACUGUAUAAUUGAGGAUUCAGGUGAACCGAGUUGCGAGUGCAAAGAAAAUUAUGGUGGAGCGCAUUGUGAAUAUAAUUCUACCGAGAUUUGUGCGCUKUAUUGCAAAAUCUUGAAAUUGGAACCGGAUACGAAUGUGCCCUACGGUUGUCAUGACAUUUGUGAAGAGCUCGUUCAACAUAGUGAAAAUGGUGCAGAGACUUAUGCAAUUCCGAAGUUUGAACAUUUGGAAAUGUGCCAGCAAGUAGAUCCUUGGACUAGUACCGUCAUCGUUGUGUUCGUAUGCGGUGUGGUCGCUUCUUUAGGCUUAAUGCUUCUAAUCGUACAAGGAUUGCGUCGUUUCUACAAACCAGCGCGCCCACGCAUAAAGAAAACUUUCGUGGUGCGCAAACAAGCUUCUCCCUCAACGGACACACCGCUUACCAAUCGCCCUGUCGCGACCGAACAAUGUGAAAUUACAAUAGAAAAUUGUUGCAACAUGAAUAUCUGCGACACACCUUGCUUCGAUUCAAAGUUAUUGGAACAAACACUCUCACGCAAUGGCAAGGUCAAAGAAGACAAGAAAAUGCUAAUAAAUAGCAUGGAUGAUGAACUUUAUUAGUACAGCAUUUAAACAUGUGCCAACGCAGGAAUCGCUUGCGCUGCGGRUACGGUACGCGCAGUCAGGGACUGGCAUACUUCUUCUGCGYGCAAUAAACGGAGAACAUCCACAAGAGGCCUUACAAUGAAGCAACAAAAGAGAUCGUGCAAAAGUAGAACAAAACAAAAGAGGAAUUGCCAAGAGAGAUUGAUCGAUUUGAAAAAUGGGAAUGUGGAUUUUAUGUCAUGGACAUACACAUGUAGAUAGCACGAGUUCCUCGUCCGUGACAGUAGAUCCAAGAAGUGCAACAACGGAUAGCUUUAAAUAGAGUUAUAUACUCUCAUGUCACAAAUAGUAAAAUUCAUGUACUUAUUUUUUUGAAACACUUACUUAAUCGUUUCAUUAUUAUUACUGCAAUACUGCAUAGUCUUUGCUUUUUAUUUUAGUUCAGACAAUCUAACAUUACUGCAACAUUAACUCCUCGUUAUAGUUGAAUUUUUGAAUUAUUUAUUUCGGGAGUCACAUACAAUUUAUUUAAUUUUGCUUUUAUUAGUUGAUUUAAAAAAUCGAGACCAAUGAAGGCUGUAAACACUUUUAAAAGUGUUGUAAACAUAUAUAGUACUAUAUGUAUAUAUGUACAUUUUAAAUUUUGUUACUUAAAAUAAAAAUAAUGCACUGAUUCCAAAAUGGCAGCUAAGCUAAUUAAAUUUUAAAAAUAACAAACAAAUCAAUAUAAUAUAUCUUUAAUUUAGUUAUAACAAAAGGUAGUAGUAGGGGUCGCUGGAAGUUUUUUGCUAUGAAUUAUGCGGAAAAUAACUUUAAAUGGACGAAGUCUACCAACUGGUAAGAUAAUUUUCUUAAAGUUGCCCCACAUUGGAAAUCUAGAUAAUAUCACUAUGGUGAAUUAUAUUACAAGUUAGUAUACRAUCGUAUGUACCUAAAACAUUAACGUUAACAUCGUUUGUUUCAAGAAGUUAUUGAACGUUUCAAGCCAAAUAYAGUCUAAAUCGUAUUUGCCAAUGAACUUUUUUUCCUCGCAACAAUAAAAACAUAUAAUUUUUCUAAACAAACAUGAGUACAUAUGUAUAUACUAAAGUACUUUCUACUUAUUUGGAGUUGUGUUGCUAAUGAGAUUAGCGUAUGCCAUAGAAUAGCCCUUGAAUAUUACACACAUUAUAAUAUCUAACUUUUACAAACACAUUUGCACAUAUGUGCAUAUUAAAUAUGUAUGCUUACAUGUGCUCUCUGCCAUUAUCAUAGUUAUAUUAGUUAUGUUUAAAAAUAAAUGCUUAGAAAGAAUAA